AUGUCUUUCAAACUUCCGUUGUCCCUGCGGUUACUAAAGCCUACGUUCUUCUCUUCUAUUCUUCUCUUCUGUUCCAUCGCCAUCCUUGCCACAGCUAAAGACCCUACCUCGUCGCCGGCCCAGCAGAGCGCACCCUUCGUAGACCAGGCCACAGGCCUGGCUAUGGAACGAUUCUUUGGCGCCCGCACCUCUUUCGCCUUCGCGAUGGCUCUGCCUCUGACGACUUCACCAUCUUUCAUCGGCCAACUGUCGUUCCCGCUCGUCAACGGCGCAGGCUGGGGCGCAAUGGGCUUGACCGGCGACAUGGAGGGGAACUUCUUCCUCGCGGCAUGGCCGGAUGGCCGGGGGGGCGUCAUGGCUACCUUCCGUCAAGGCACCAACGAGGAUAAUCCGCCCGAAGUCAAGGGCAACUUCGCCGUUCGGCCUAUUGCAGAGGGUGUCUCCGUCAACGCGACCUCUCUGACCUAUACCUUUCUCUGCGAGAACUGUCUGGACGCGACACUGGGGAUCGAUCCAGAGGCUACAAAUGCCGACGCGGUCAUGGGAUGGGCUCUUUCGGAGAAGACGGUGAGAAACCCCGGAACUCCUGGAGCGACUCUGGGCUUCCACGAACGAGGAUUCGGUCCAUUCACCGCUCGGCUUGGAAACGCAAAGUCUGCGCGAUUCGAUGCUGUAGCCGCGACAGCUAGACAGCCGGUCGCUGGUUCGAAUCGAGCGGUUGCGGUGACUCCGAAUGCGUUCCGUGAAGGGGAGGACGGGAAUGAUGACAAGGGUAAAGGGGGUAAAAAGGGCGGGGAUGAUGAUGACGAUGAUUAG